ACUUCCGGUUUUCUGCAGUGUCUCUUGUUAGCCGUGAGUUUACAUCGUAGCAAUCAUGGAGGAAGCCAAAAACAAAGAGAAAAAGCAGACCGAGAAACCCGAUGAGAAGGAAAAGGACAAAGACAAGGGCCAACAGCCCGCGGGAAAGGAUAAAGAGAAGAAGGAAGAGCAGGAGCUGUCUGAAGAGGACAAGCAGCUGCAGGAGGAUUUGGAGAUGAUGGUGGAAAGACUGUGUGAGAAGGACACUUCGCUGUACAGAUCCGCAUUGGAAGAGUUGCGUCGGCAGAUUCGCUCUUCUACCACUUCAAUGACCUCGGUGCCCAAACCUCUGAAAUUUCUGCGCCCUCAUUAUGGAAAGCUCAAAGAGAUUUAUGACGGCAUGGAUGCUGGUGAGAACAAGCGUUUCUGUGCUGAUGUGGUGUCAGUUCUUGCCAUGACGAUGAGUGGUGAAAGGGAGUGUCUGAAGUACCGUCUUCUUGGCUCACAAGAAGAGUUGGCAUCUUGGGGGCAUGAAUAUGUUCGGCACCUGGCAGGUGAGGUGGCUAAGGAGUGGCAAGAGGUAGAUGAGAAUGACAAGACCCAGCAGGACACGCUGCUUAAACUAGUAAAGGAGAUUGUGCCUUACAACAUGGCACACAAUGCUGAGCACGAGGCUUGUGACCUGCUCAUGGAGAUUGAACGACUGGACAUGCUGGAGGACUACAUCGAUGAAAACGCUUAUGGCAAGGUCUGCCUUUACCUUACAAGUUGUGUGAGCUACGUCCCUGAGCCAGAAAACUCUGCAUUGCUGCGAUGUGCCUUGACCAUCUUCAGAAAAUUCAACCGUUACCCAGAAGCACUCAGGCUGGCUCUGAUGCUCAAUGAUGUAGAGCUUGUGGAGAAUAUCUUCACAUCCUGCAAAGACAUAGUGAUCCAGAAGCAAAUGGCCUUCAUGCUGGGGCGACACGGCAUGUACCUGGAGCUUAACGAAGACGUAGAGGACUAUGAAGAUCUGACAGAGAUAAUGUCCAAUGUGCAACUCAACAGCAACUUCUUAGCCCUGGCAAGAGAGCUGGACAUCAUGGAGCCAAAGGUCCCAGAUGACAUAUACAAAACCCACUUGGAGAACAACCGGUUUGGAGGCAGCGGCUCACAGGUGGACUCCGCUCGUAUGAACUUGGCCUCUUCCUUUGUAAAUGGCUUCGUCAAUGCUGCCUUCGGACAAGAUAAGCUGCUGACAGAUGACGGCAAUAAAUGGUUGUACAAAAACAAGGACCACGGCAUGUUCAGUGCUGCAGCCUCUCUGGGUAUGAUCCUGCUGUGGGACGUUGAUGGUGGUCUGACACAGAUUGACAAAUAUCUCUAUUCCUCUGAGGACUAUAUCAAGUCUGGUGCUCUGCUGGCUUGUGGAAUCGUAAACUCUGGUGUAAGGAAUGAGUGUGACCCUGCCCUCGCUCUGCUCUCUGACUAUGUCCUUAACAACAGCAACAUCAUGAGGAUAGGAUCCAUUUUCGGUUUGGGCUUGGCUUAUGCUGGCUCCAACAGAGAAGAUGUUUUGUCCCUUCUUCUCCCAGUCAUGGGUGACUCCAAAUCCAGCAUGGAGGUGGUUGGCGUGACAGCAUUGGCGUGUGGAAUGAUCGCUGUCGGGUCUUGUAAUGGUGACGUCACCUCUUCAAUAGUGCAAACUAUCAUGGAGAAAAAUGAGCAAGAGCUGAAGGACACCUAUGCCCGCUGGCUGCCGCUUGGGUUAGGCCUGAACCACCUUGGUAAAGGAGAGGCUAUUGAAACAACACUGGCAGCUCUUCAGGUUGUUCCUGAACCUUUCCGUAGUUUUGCAAACACACUGGUGGACAUCUGUGCGUACGCAGGAUCUGGAAAUGUGCUGAAGGUGCAGCAGCUUCUUCACAUCUGCAGUGAGCACUAUGAAGCAAAGGAGAAAGAAAAAGAAGAAGAAAAGGACAAGAAGGACAAAAAGGAUAAAGACAAGAAAGACACAGCGGAUAUGGGCUCUCACCAGGGUGUAGCAGUACUUGGCAUCGCCCUCAUUGCCAUGGGGGAAGAGAUUGGUUCCGAAAUGGCAUUGCGAACGUUUGGCCAUCUGCUCCGUUAUGGCGAGCCAGCUUUGAGGAGGGCCGUGCCCCUGGCUUUGGCUCUGAUUUCAGUGUCCAAUCCACGAUUGAACAUCCUGGACACCUUGAGCAAGUUUUCCCAUGACGCUGACCCCGAAGUUUCCCACAAUUCAAUUUUCGCCAUGGGCAUGGUGGGCAGCGGCACAAAUAAUGCCCGCCUGGCUGCUAUGCUGCGACAGUUGGCACAGUAUCACGCCAAAGACCCCAACAAUCUCUUCAUGGUCCGACUGGCUCAGGGUCUGACUCACCUGGGCAAAGGCACACUGACUCUCUGUCCCUACCAUAGUGACAGGCAGCUGAUGAGUCAGGUUGCUGUGGCUGGGCUACUCACCGUACUUGUUUCUUUCCUCGACGUCAAGAACAUUAUCUUGGGGAAAUCUCACUACAUUCUCUAUGGCCUGGUGGCGGCCAUGCAACCACGAAUGCUGGUCACCUUCGAUGAAGAACUGCGACCACUACCUGUAUCUGUCAGAGUUGGACAGGCUGUGGAUGUUGUGGGCCAGGCAGGAAAGCCCAAAGCCAUCACUGGCUUCCAGACUCACACCACGCCUGUCUUGCUGGCACAUGGAGAGAGAGCAGAGCUAGCAACAGAAGAGUACCUCCCAGUCACACCAAUUCUGGAGGGAUUUGUUAUCCUUCGGAAAAACCCUGACUAUGAAACCUAGUUCCCCCUAAUAUUAAAACUCACCUCUCGCUCUGAAGCAAACACUCGCUGUUCUCAGCAGUGGUUUUAUUUAGUUGAUUGCAUGGCUGAGAGGGGUGGGGCAGGACGAUCUGGCUUCCAUAUUUGUUUUCUCUUGCACCCCUUCCUGCUAUCGUUAAUAAUUAAUUGGGGUGUCGUGGUCUGGUUUUUCUGGCAGAGACAAGAUAUCUGGUAGCUCACAGCUUCCACUUACAUUUGCACCAAAGCAGCUGUUAGUUUGAACAGGGGGCCACUUAAAUCAAAGCAAAUGUUCUCUCCUCAUUUUCAUGCAUCAGACCAUGAAAGCGAAUGCGUCUCCUGCCCUAUCCCACGUUGGCCAUUUGUAUUUUGAGAAUUUGAAACUGUCUUCUUUAUCACAGUGUCUUUAUUUUUGGUUUUUGUUACAGAAGUGUAAAGGUUGAAUCAAAAAUAAAAUUAAGAUCCACA